AUGCUUGACCUCCCAUCUCAUAGCGUUGUCGAUAUUGGAAAGCUCAGUGAAGGGGCAGAACAUGCCGAGGAGGCAUCAGAGAAGACAGAAGGUCAGUCUCAGGGGUCGAGGUCAUCAUGGAAGGACCUCUUCGUUUUCAAUACAUCUCGACAGCUCUGGGUCUUGCCCUGCGCUCUGGCGACGGCCUGCGCUGCCGCUGCUGGCAAGGCGGUCUAUACGAUCUUGCUGGGUAAGAUCUUCGACGUUGUAUCCAAGUUCGGUGCCGGUGUCCUGGAUGGAGACGAGGCGCUCGCCCAGGUCUGUCAAUGGUGUGCAUACCUGUGUACCUUGGGCAUCGGGUUUUGGAUCUUCAACGGCCUCGACAUGGUGCUGUGGAUGGUCUCCGGGGAGCUCAGGGCGAAGAGCGCAAGGGAAACUCUGCUGUCCUCACUACUCCUGAAGAAGAUGGAGUGGUACGACUCUCGAGAAGAUGGAAUGGCAAGCUUGAUGAUACGCAUCCAGACCCAAAUUCGAGAACUCCAGACGGCGACAUCCCAGACCCUCGGCUUCCUGAUAUGCGACACUCUCGUCUUCUUCUCGUGUCUAAUUGUCGCCUUCCAUUUCUCCUACAAACUCACCCUCGUCAUGGCCGCCACAGGUGUGCCUUCAGUCAUCAUCUUAUACUUGAUCAACAGGGCUUUGGACCCCGCAAUCAUCGCCCAGAAGAGCGAACUUGCACAGGCAUCGAAACACGCAACGGCGGCUGUGACGGCCAUCGACCUCGUCAAAGUCUAUAACAGUGCUGAUCACGAAGUGCGGCAGUACCUUGAAGCGAUUCGGAAGUCUGCUAAGCACUACUUCCGGCAGGCGGUCUGCAAUUGUGCCCAAAUGGGCUACAUCAAGCUCUGGAUGAUCAUGCUCUUCGUCGUCGGUUUCUAUUUUGCCGUCGUGCUGUUCGACCAGGGCGAGCUCAGCCCGGGCAACGCGCUCACCACCUUCUACGCUGCCUUGACAGCGUUUCAGUCAAUGGAAGCCAUCGGGCCACAGUGGCUCACAGUCAUCAAGGGGAAGUCUGCCGGACAGUCUCUCGGGAAACUUGCGGCAGACACCACCAUGGAGCAUGAGGAGAAGCGAAUAGAUGGCCGAUACAGACCCAUGAGCUGUGCCGGGCAUAUCGAGCUGAACAAAGUCAGCUUCGCAUACCCAUCGAAUCCGUCCAAACAAGUCCUGAGACCCUCGACUUUCCUGUUCCCGGCGGGAGAGAUCGCCUACCUCGUCGGCCGAAGCGGAUCGGGCAAAAGCACCCUGGGCAACUUACUUGUGCGCUUCUAUGAGCCCUCCUCGGGAGAUAUCAGGCUUGACGGCAAUCCGCUCGAUUCUCUGGACCUCAACUGGCUUCGAAACAAUGUCACGCUGAUCCAGCAGUCGAGUGUCCUCUUCAACGACAGCCUCCACCAAAAUGUCGCGUUUGGGGGCAGAGAUCCCGAUAAUGUCACAAGGAAAGACGUGCAGGAGGCUUGUGGGAUGGCUCUUCUUCAGUCGACCAUCGCUAGCCUACAGCACGGGCUGGAUACGGUGAUCGGAUCUGGAGGUCACAGCCUCAGUGGGGGCCAGAAACAACGGCUCGCACUGGCGAGGGCCAAGCUGAGAGAUCCCCCAGUCCUGAUCCUGGACGAGGUCACGAGUGGUCUCGAUCCGGUGAGUAGGUCACUCAUCAUGGAUGCGAUCAGGCUGUGGAGGAAAGGGAAGACAACGAUCAUCAUCACACACAACGUCGCACAGAUAGAAGAGGGCGAGUACGUUUACGUCCUUGCAGACGGCCGGGUUGUUCAGCAGGGCUUCCAGAAGGAACUCGCCACGAUGGGUGGGGGGCUCUUCGCUGCCUUCCUUGCAUCUGCAGACGAGAAUGCCGGCUCGAGGCGCUCCUCCGGAUCGGAGCGUGGAGAGGGUGGUAACCUUUCUGAGCACACGGAAAUGAGAGUCUUUGAGAGCCGACUCUCCAGGAUCAUGUACGGACUGAAUGGUGGCAUGGAUCCAGCGAGCCGGCUCUUUAACCGUGUCUCGCUCGGAGCAACAACUGCUCAGGCGACUAGGAUUCGCACGAAGCAGCUUUGGAAUGCCCCAUCCACCAUCGGUGAAGCCGGGACGGAGCCACGAAGACCCCGGCAGUCACUGAAAAGACAGAGAAGAGACAGCCUGGAGAUAAUCAAGCAGAGCAGCGAGGCCAUCAAAGCAAACAGGACGCGGGCCCCUCGAGACGAAGGGCCGAAGGCAACCCAUGCUAGCAGCGAUAGCAUGGACUCGAUCGAGCGCUUUGCAGUCGAGCACCUUGCCCAGAGCGGGCGCAGGGAGGGACAAAAAGGGAAGCAGAUGCCGAGCCUGGCAGCCGUCUUCCGGACAGUAUGGCCAACCAUAGACAAGAAAGGCCGCACAUCCUUGGCGCUGGGCCUGGCCUUGUGCGUCGUGGUGGCCGGCAGCAACCCGGUGUUCUCGUACAUCUUCGCCAAGCUCCUCGAGGCCUUCUGGGCAACCGACGACCGCCGCGGCGCCGGGGCGAAGUGGGCGGCGUACCUCGCCAUCAUCGGGGCUAUCGACGGGAUCGCAACUUUCUUCGCCUACCUCUUCAUGGAGCAGGCCGGCCAGGCGUGGGUGAACACACUGCGUGGAGAGGCGCUGAGCCGGAUCCUGAGUCAGCCAAAAUCGUGGUUCGACAUGGCAAAGCACUCGCCGAGCCGCGUCAACGAGUGCCUCGACCGCAACGCCGAGGAGAUGAGGAAGCUGGUCGGACAGUUCGUCCCCAUCGUCGUCAUCGUUGCCGGCAUGAUCCUCACGGGCCUGAUCUGGGCAUUGGCCAUCAGGUGGGACUUGACCCUUGUCGCCCUGUCCGGAGUGCCCGUCGUGGUAGUCAUGGCCCGGGCGAACUCGGUGGUGAGCGACAAGUGGGAAGCUCUCUGCAAUAUCGCCGCUGGUAAUACCAGUUCCGUCUUUACCGAGACCUUUUCCAACAUCCGAGUCGUCCGGGCCCUGACGCUCGAGCGGUACUUCACCCGGAAACACCGCCGAUCGGCCGAGGCGACCCUCCGUCUCGGAAUGCGGCGGGCCAUCUACGCUGGCUUCUUCUACGGGCUGUACCAGUCCAUCUCCUACUUCAUCACCGCCCUGACGUUUUACUACGGGACGAGGCUGCUGCGGGACGGCAAGGUCGACGUGACCGACGUGCUCCGGAUCAUCAACCUUCUUCUCUUCUCCAUGGGCAACUCGAUUCUCAUCCUCGGCGACAUCCCUCAGAUCGCGGCGGCCAAGACCACAGCGGUGCAGAUGCUCUACUACGCCAACCUGCCACGCCUACACAAGACGCGCAGCACCAGGGGUGUACCACCGGCGGCAGCUGUGGGCACGCCGUUCCCGAUCCAGAUGACCAACCUGCGAUUCGCCUACCCAGCGCGGCCCUCGUCGCUGGUCCUACGCAACGUGACGCUCCGCAUCGACGCAGGCACCUGCACCGCCAUCGUCGGCGCCUCCGGCUGCGGCAAGAGCACCCUCGCCUCCCUCCUCCUGAGCCUCUACGACCCCUUCCCCUCCCCGCCCGGCCUCCCCCCACCGCUGACCUUCGCGGGUUCCUCCCCCUCGCACCACCACCUCCCCCGCGCCGCCUACGUGCCCCAGCACCCAUUCCUCUUCCCCGCCAGCCUAAGCGCAAACAUCCUAUACGGCCUCCCCCCGAACUCCUCCUCCUCCAACCUCCGCGACUCCGCCGCCCGCGCAGCAGGCAUCCAUGACCUGGCGGCAUCGCUGCCCUCCGGUUGGGACACGCCCCUGGGCGAGGGAGGGGUGGCGCUGUCGGGGGGCCAGGCGCAGCGCGUGGGGAUCGCGCGGGCGCUGGCGGCGCGGCCGGGGCUGCUCGUGCUGGACGAGCCGACCAGCGCGCUGGACGCGGAGGCGGCGGAGGGGGUCAGGGGGGUCGUCGCUGGGUUGGUGGGGGGCCGGGACGGGGAUCGGAGGGCGGGGGGGAUGGCGGUUGUGGUGGUUACGCAUAGUCGGGAGAUGAUGAGAGUUGCGGAUCGGAUUGUUGUGUUGGACCAGGGGUGUGUGGUUGAGGUUGGGCGGUAUGAUGAGUUGGUUGCGCGGCGGGGGGUGUUUGCGCGGUUGGUUGGUGGGGGUGCUUGGAUGGGGCAGUAA